AUGAAGCAUUUGGUUUUUGAGGCCAAAGAUGGAGAAAGUCUAGUUGCCCAUGGUGGUUCUGGAAGGGGCGAAUCGAAAUCUAAAUUUAGUAAUCAAAUUUAUAACUUCUGCAAGAAUAUGGGGCACAUUAAGAAGGAUUGCUACAAAUUGCAAAAUAAAGAAAGGUUGGCUGCAAAACGAUAUGUAACGCAAUCAGAUAUUUCAGAGGAGGAUUGGAUUCUGGAUUUAGCGUAUGUGUUUCAUAUGUAUCCUAAUAAGGACUUGUUUACUACAUAUGAUGAAAUCGUUUCAAAAUAUGUCAUGGUUAUGGGAAAUAAUGCUCAUUAUCGGGUUGUUAGAAUUUGUAUAGUUAGAUUGAAGCUAUUGGAUGAGACAAUUAGACCAGUUGUUCAGGUUCGAUAUGUUCCGGAUUUGAAGAAGAAUCUCAUCUCGUUGGUUAUCCUUGAUUCAAAAGGUUAUGAGUUUUUUGGUGGAGGUGGAGAUUUGAAAGUUUGUAAAGGUGCUCAAGUUUAUUGGAUGGACAUAAAAUGUCUCAAUUAUACAUCUUGUAGAGUCCUGCAGAAUCUAGAAGAGUCAAUCAACACAAGUUUAGUACCAUGGUGGACAUUCAGUUUGGUACAAUACCUUCAGGAGCUCGUAAAUGUCAGUUUUGAAGAAUAUAAUUCAGUAAAGUUCAAGAGAUAUAGAUAA